AACUACUUGGAAGUUUAUACAGGCGACAAGUUUAACAGCAGCUGCUGGUAAAAUAUUUCGUCGACGGCUAACAUUAAGGAGUGGUUUCUGCCCUUACUUGUAAAAUACGCAGACACAGAUCAGCGCGCACAUUAACAAAUUAUCGAGCUCAACCAGCUGUCAACCAACCAUGGCUCCAAAAAAGAGAGGAGCAAGGAAGAGGAAAACAGAGGAUGAUUUGGGAGGAGAAAAGGAGGCAGAGGCUACUGAAGAGAAGGAGACUGAGGAGAGAGGAGGUCUGCGGAGAAAGGACCGUGGGAAUAAGAAAUACAUUGGAGCUCAUGUUGGCAUUCAAGGUGGGAUAUGGAAAGCAGUGGAGUCCUGCACAGAGAUGGGUGGCAGCAGCUUUGCCCUGUUUCUGGGCUCCCAGCGCUCAUGGAAGAGGCCCGCACUGGACCAGAAAGCUGCAGCAAAGUUUCAGGAGCAGUGUUCCAUACAGGGGUACAACCCUGCUCACAUCCUGCCUCAUGGGUCCUACCUGAUGAACUGUGGAUCUCCUAAAGAAGAUGUGUUUGAGAAGAGCCAGGCCCUGCUGGUGGAUGAGCUCAGCCGCUGUAGCCUCCUGGGCCUCAACCUUUACAACUUCCACCCUGGCUCCUCCCUGGGCUCCAUCACCACAGAAGAGUGUGUGGAGAAGAUAGCAGGAGCUAUUAACCACGCUCACCAGCAAACACCUGCUGUGGUCACAGUGUUGGAGAACAUGAGCGGACAGGGCAGUACAAUAGGCGGUAAGUUCUCUGAGCUGAAGAGCAUCAUAGACAAAGUGAGAGACCAGACCAGAGUUGGAGUGUGUCUGGACACCUGCCACGCCUUCGCAGCAGGAUAUGACGUGGCUGCAGAGGGAGGAGUGAAGGCCAUGCUUGAUCAGUUUGAUCAGGAAGUGGGGCUCCACUAUCUUAAAGCUAUCCAUCUCAAUGACUCCAAAGGUAAACUAGGCUGCAACCUCGAUCGCCACGAAGACAUCGGUAAAGGUCACAUCGGAAUCUCUGCUUUCCGAGAUAUUGUCAAUGAGCCCAGACUGGACAACAUCCCUCUGAUACUGGAGACACCUGGACGGCCAGGAUUUGAGUAUGCUGAGCAGAUUGAACUUCUCUACUCCCUAUGUGAGAAAAAAUAGUAAGCACCAUUACUGUUGAAUUGGCUUUGCUAAACUGAGCCCUGCAAGGCCACAGCUCACACGUCUGUUAAGAGAAUUUUGUUUGUCAAGGACCAAAGUGGAUGGGUGGGGAAGCCUGUUCUCUUAAAACCCACUCACAAUUUGUCUGUUUGUUGAUUUUCAUGUGAACAGUUCUGAACACGAGUUAAAUAAAUGUGUUGUUG